AUGGCGCCCCCCGACACCUCCUCCAUAUCCAUGGACCUCCCCAUUGUCGACAUGGACGUGUACCUCGCCCACGGCCCCUCGUCGCCCGCCGCCCACGCCGAGUGCGCCAAAGCCGCCGCGGCGCUCAUCAACUACGGGGCGCUCGUCCUGCGCGACUCGCGCGUCGCCGCCCGCGACAACGACGACUUUCUCGACCUCCUGGAAGACUACUUUGCGCAGCCGGUCGAGGCCCUGCGCCGCGACGAGCGGCCGGAGCUGAGCUACCAGAUUGGCGCCACGCUGGAGAAUACGGAAAAGCCAAAGUGCGCCGUCGACGAGCCGUGCCUGGACGUGAUUGCGCGGCUGGACCCGGACCAGCGGCCGCUGGACAUUAGCGGGCACAGCCCGGAUCCAAAGUGCAGGUUCUUUUGGAGGAUGGCCGAGGAGCCGCCGUACGAGACGCAGUUUCCGGGGCUGAAUACGGAGAAUGUGGUGCCGCAGGAGCCCGGGUUGCGGGAGCGCUGGACGCCCGUUAUGGACCGCUGGGGCAACUGCAUGAAGACUGCGGUAUCGACGCUCUCUGAAAUGGCCGCCAUUGGCCUCGGUCUUGAGCGGACCUUUUUCAGCGACGCCGGCCGUUACGGCCCUCACCUCCUCGCCCCGACCGCGUCAGACCUGACCAAAUACGGCACGCAAGACACCAUCCUCGCCGGUUUUCACACGGACCUCAACUUCCUUACCAUCCACGGCCGCAGCCGCUACCCGGGCCUCAACAUCUGGGCGCGCAACACGGGCCGACGCAUUCCCGUGCGCAUGCCCCCCGGCAACUACCUCCUCGUGCAGGCCGGCAAGCAGCUCGAGCACAUCACCGGCGGCCUCAUCAAGGCAGGGUUCCACGAAGUCACGGUCAACGAGGCGACCGUGGCGACGAUGCAGAAACGCGCGGUGGAGAAGCCGGAUAGGCCGCAGAUUCGCAUCUCGAGCACGCUGUUUUGGCAUUUGAAUUCGGAUUUUGAUUUGAAGCCGGUGGAGGAGCUCAAGGAGAGAGCGAGGGAGCUGAGGGAGGAGAGGGAAGGGGCCGGAGGGGAUGAGGGGGCGGAGGCGGAGUAUCCAGCGAUGAAGGUUGGGCAUCAGGUGCAAAGUGAAUUGAAGCACAUUGCCCUGAUGGUUUGA